UUUUUGCAGCUUACAUGUUGGUAAUGUCUAAAAAAGUUUUAAUCACUGGAGCAUCAGGAUUAUUAGGCCGAGCUGUAUACAAGGAAUUUGUGAAUGAAGGAUCAUGGGACGUUUUGGGCCUGGCGUUCAGUAGAUGUACAGGAAAAUUAAGGAAAUGUGACAUAACUAAAGAUGAGGAAGUGAAAACUGUGAUGAAAGAGUUUAAUCCAUCAGUAGUUAUACAUUCUGCUGCUGAGAGGAAGCCAGAUGCUGUUGAACAGAAACCAGAAGCAACACAAGAGCUGAAUGUAUCAGCAACCAAAGUAGUCUGUCAGAAUGCAGCUGCUGUUGGUGCUAGGGUAUUAUAUAUCAGUACAGAUUACGUGUUUGAAGGAUCAUCACCUCCAUAUGCCGAGGAUGCUACCCCAAAUCCACUUAACAAAUAUGGACAAAGUAAAUUUGAAGGUGAAAAGGUCACAAUGGAGGUUAGUCAAGAUAAUUCAAUAUUAAGAGUGCCAAUUCUGUAUGGAGACAUUGAGUACUUGGAUGAGAGUGCUGUAUCUACACUAUUUCAGAAGGUCACAGACUCAUCUAAACCGUGUCCUAUGUCAGAUUAUGAACGACGUUUUCCAACUCAUUGUGAUGACAUAGCAUAUGUGAUAAGACAGUUAGCAGAGAGAAGGAUCACAGAUAAAAGUAUUAAAGGGGUAUAUCAUUGGAGUGGUGAUGAAAAUAUGACUAAAUAUGACAUGGCUUUAGUAAUGGCAGAGGUUUUCAGUCUUCCUUCAGAUCAUAUUCAACCAGACAAAAAGCGUUCACCUGGAGCCUCUAGACCAUUCAAUUCACAUCUUAGUUGUCAAAGACUGAAAGACUUAGGAAUAGCAAAAAAUAGUAUGUUUAAAAGCAAGAUUCUUGAUGUAUUGAAGCCAUAUUACAAGACAUGAUUUACUUUUAUUUUGAU